UCGUGUGAUAAAUUACAUACUGCUAUGGAGGUGGACUCGUUAAUCGAAUUAAACAGAUUACGAGGAAGUUUAUACUAAAUUCGCCCCAUUUUUGUAAUGAUAUUUCCUUUUUUGACAUAGAUUCCUCGAAAGGGACCAUGUUGGAUGCCCAGACUGUGUAUAUUUCGCGUUUAAAGUGUCAGUAAGCUAACGCCUGUGUGUGUAACAUGGACAUAUGUGUAUAGUGGAACGGACCGGCGACACGGGCACAUUCAGCUUGAUGGUUCCUCACAUGUAAACGUGGGCAAGUGAGGCUCUUCUACUGUUCAAGGAUUGGCAUCUCUACAUUCCACAACAUCUAUGAAGACUUUUUUUAUGAGAAUGGUACUCAUAAUGAAUAACGACAACGCUCGAUGUAAUACAGGUCCGUGACGUCAUCAGGUAGUGUGGACAUCAUACUACUGAUGUCAUCAGUUCUGACAAUGUCUCCAUUGAGGUGUACGGUCUGUAUGAAGCAACUGAGAGUCAACAAGAAUUCAAUUGUUGCUGUGUUUUUUGUGUCUUUGCUAAUUUUCGCCAAUUUCCGGUACAACCAGCCAACUCGAUUUCGAUUCAGUCAUAGCAAUGUCAACGCCGUGUGCACUUUGCCAGAAUUAGAUCCUUUCGACAGUGAGAUUAUGAAACUGAAUUGGCACCCACGUCCGGUAGUGUGCGACGAUAGUCUACCAUUUAUGUAUAUAGAUAGAAAAGGUUUCAUCCACUUAAACACUACGACAUUGGCAUUGAAGAAACUGACAAAAUUGGAUAUUGACUGCACUUACCAACAUGUGGAACGACAAGGCGACGAUGACGUCAUAUUUAAACCGGAAGUACAUUUCACUGAACCAGAGUACGUUCAUUGUGACUUUGUGGUCGGCAGGUGUCGUGAUCAAACUGAUCAAAGCAUAUAUGAAAAUUUACUUAUAAACCUGAAUUCUCAUUUAGUGUUUGAAUCAAAGAACAUUCGUAACGAAUCUCAACAACAGCUAAGUGUAUUAAUAUUGGGAAUAGAUUCGAUUUCUAGAAAUGGAGCUUUAAGAAAACUUCCUAAAACUAUGAAAUACGUCGAAGAUGUUUUGGGUGGAAUCACUUUUAAGGGAUAUACCAAAGUGGGUGAAAACACUUUCCCUAAUUUGGUACCUCUGUUGACAGGAAGGAAGGCGGACCCUAAUGAGCUGCCCCAUAUUUUUGGUCAGGGUUACUUCGAUGACAUUCCACUCAUUCACCAUAAUUUUUCCAAGUCAGGUUAUGCGACCCUAUACGCCGAGGACUGGCCGGCGUUCUCCACGUUUAACUAUGCAGCCAAAGGCUUCAAAGUCCCGCCAAGUGACCACUACAUACGGCCAUUGUAUCUCGCUAUGAAAAAACUACAACCAAUUUCCACAUCGUUAGAUCAAGUUUUACUCUAUCUUGAGGACAAAAACAUUAAAAUAAAGUCUUCAUCGCUUUGUUUUAGAAAUCAGUUAAAACAUGUCAUGUUUCUGGAAUAUUUCAAGAGAUUUGUUGAUAGUUAUACAAACAGAGCGAAGUUUGCCUUUACAUGGAUUAACGAAAUAAGUCAUGACUACUCAAAUUUUCUCGAGAUAGCCGAUCAAGAUUUUGUUGAAUUUUUGAUGUGGCUUCAGAACGACGGUCACCUGGAGAACAGUGUCUUGGUGGUAAUGAGCGACCAUGGAAGCCGAACAGAGGAAAUCCGGAACACUGUGGCAGGGCGGAUAGAGGUUCGAAUGCCACUUUUGUCUGUGGUACUUCCGGAGCGCUUUAAACAAAUACACCCUGCCCUCGUGGAGACGCUGAUACAGAACACAAAGGUCAUAACAACGCCAUUUGACUUUCACACAUUUCUGAGUGAUGUAUUGCACAAUAACUUUGAUGAUCCACCCCCGUUGAUAAUGAGAGAUGGUAAACUUCCGAGAGGGAUUAGCUUUUUUCAAAAAAUUCCAAAAGAGCGGACAUGCGCAGAUGCAGGAAUACACGAGCUCUUCUGUGCAUGUUUCACCAGUACACCUGUUGAUAUAUCUAACAAUAUUGUGCCAAAAAUAGCACAGGAUAGUAUAACUAAAAUUAACCAUAUGCUGGUUGGCGUCAAACAUAAAUGUGCCGAGUUGACUUUUUCCAAGUUAAUAGACGCACAAUUAAUUGAAUCAAAUUUCAAACGUGUUAAGGAAGACGAGAGAUUCACCCUAAGGAAACCUCUUUAUCCAACCCGAAGAAGAAAAAAGAAAAUACCUUGUUUUGUUUAAAGCGGCACCAAGUGGUGCUUUGUUUGAAGUGACAGCGAGUGUAGACAAUCAUGACGUCAUUAAUUUGGGUGAAAUUAUCCGGACAAAUAAGUACGGAAACCAAUCAAAAUGCAUAACCGACCGUGUGUUACGAAAUUACUGUCUAUGUAUUUGAAAUAGUAUUUCGUUCAUACCAGUUAUCAUUUACUUAGAUAGCCUCACCGGAGGACAUCUUAACGUCCAUUUCUGUCCGUCCGUACGUCAAUAUUUACUACGCCAGAUUUUAUAUUUGUGACUUGACCAAAGUUCAUAUAGCAUCAAGGUGGCAUUCAUCGUUCAUUACGGCAGCAUUCUCCACUUGGAAUUUCGGAAGUCUAGAAUCUGAUAUUGGUACCUGUAUAUGCUUCGCUGUGGAAUAUUCCAUAAGUCCUACUCAAAGAUUUAAUGAUUUCCUCAGAAACCGGUUUUUUUUCAUUAUUUAUUUUAUUUUUAAGUUGUAAUCUUUAUUAUUAUUAUUUUUUUUUUUUAGAGUUGAGCUUUAAUUAAACUCUUUAAUUAUUUUAGUGUGUAAUGUUUACCUAAUAUAACUUAGUAUUCAUUUCAACGGAACAUUUUACACAGAAUAACCAUAACAUUCACAGAUCGCUAAGGAGUAUCGACCAUCAAUUAGUACUAUUAUGGGUAGAAGGCUUGCUCAAGUCAGUGACAUUUUUGUUUAAUUGCAUAAUUGUUUUGGGUUUUAUUUCUUUUUCAUUUUUUGUUCCUUGUUUUUCCUUUUUGGUGUUAAUGUUUUAAGGUGUUUAAAGUUAACUAGAUAACUGAAGUGUUCUUUAAGAUUCUCUAGUAAUUAGUUUAAAAAGAACAAAAGAAAUUUAAUUGCAUAAUUAAUAGGUGUUUUUGGGGGUAUUUUUUAUUAUUAUAUUUUAAGGUUAUUUUUAAGCUGUUUUAAGGUUUACUAGAAAACUAGGAAAUGUUCUCCACUGAUAAGUAUAUUAUUUGUUAUCAAACAUUCCUCUUAUCAACGAAAAGACUGUAAUCGUCUGUCCAUUGCUCAGUCUGUACUUAUUGAACUCUUACCUGUACAGGUGCGGAGCUUUAGUUUUUGGUGACCAUUAAUGCUUAAUUUUCCGCAUGAAUAAAAUGACAUGCUGUUUAAUUCAUCCCAUGUUUUAAUAAAUGUUAAAUCGAAAAUCCUCAAUGUAUGUAUGUAUUUGCCUUACAAUGCAAUAUAAAUCGCCAUGUAUUUUGUAAAUGUUUCUUUUGUAACGAUUGUUGUGUAUUAAUGUAAUUUUGAGAACCUAACUUUUUAUAAUAUGUGCCUUGAUUAAAUUUCUUGCCUUUAUGAA